GGCCACUUGCAUCAAUCAGUCAAUCAGUCAAUCAGUCACUCAGUCGUCGUCUCCGGUAGCUGGCAACUGCUGUCUUGUUCACCACAAUCAUCAUUCUUCUCCCAUUCUCCCCACCUUCACCCCCCCCCCUCUUCUUUCCCCCUCUCCAUUGCCCCCUCUCAGUGCACAUCGACACAUUACCCCUUCGACAAACUCAAACCACCGGGUGGUUUGACAUACACUCCCGUCUUGCCAAGGACCCCUUGCUCACAUUCAUCUUGAACCCGUGUUCCCUCAACCACCCUGCUACUCGCUCUGGUUAUUGUGUGUGACGGUUGACCAUGAGCGAGCAGGAUGCAGAGAGGCACAGUCACGACCCCACUCCGCGUCCGUGGUUCAACCGCCAGGAUGAGGUCUCCACUCCCGGGGGCGUAGGGUCGUCGGCGUCAACACCAUUGCACCCGAGUUCGUUCUUCCGCAAGCUCCGCGGCCGCCUACGCAGCUCGUCAGAAUCCUCUGCGAGCGUGAGUGACAGUGGAAUCCUGGAGGACGAUCGUGAUGUGAUGGGGAACCAAGACGUCAGCGUCUGGCCACGACAAAGGAGCUCCCCUUCUCCUCGACAGGCUGGUAUGGCGUCGCUGCUGCCUGCAGAGCUCCUGAUCCACAUCAUGCGCUACCUGCCAGCCAACGGCGACCUCCUUUCUGCCAUGCAGGUCUCCAGGUCGUGGUGCCUGGCAGGCUACCCUCUUCUAUGGCAGAAGCCCGCCCUCAACAACGUUGAAGGGUUCGCAUCCUUUGUCAGAGUUCUGUCGAGCCCGAAGACGCUUCUGCCUUACACCGACAUCAUAAAGCGACUCUCCAUUGCAGGAUUCGCUCGCGAGGUCAACGACGACCUGUUUCGUGGAAUCGCUGUCUGCAAGCGCCUCGAGAGGUUGACGCUUGCUGGAGCCGUGCACCUCACGCCAAAGGCGCUCAACGACGUCUUCCGCGAACUGAAGGAGCUCAUUGCCAUCGACGUGAGCGGUGUCACGGACGUUGACGACGAGGUGACGCAAGGGAUUGCCGCCAACUGCCCGAAGACCCAGGGCCUCAACCUUACAGAUUGUAAGCAACUCACGGAUGAAGGAGUACUCGCCAUUGCUGGCAGUAUGAAGAAUCUACGGAGGGUAAGAAGAGAGCGCUUUCCGCCCUGACGUCCCAGAUCAAGCUGAGCGGCUGUCAACGUCUCACCGACCGUUCCAUCGUUGCCUUGGUUCGAGCCUGCCCUCUUCUUCUCGAGCUGGAUCUGGCUAGCGUGCCUCAGCUCUCCAACGACAGCACGAUCGCGAUGUUCUUGAACACCCAGUACCUUCGGGAACUACGCAUGAAUGACAACAAGGUCAUCAACGACUGGGCGAUUCCGGAUCUCGAGAAGAUCCCAGAGCUGAGUGAGCAAGCGCUACUCCACAGACUGGGGGCAUAUCCCUGGUACUUGCAAGCAGGGGUGACUGCUCCCAAAGCCAUGCCAUCGACCGCCACGAGCCCGCCGGACGUAGACCCUGUCCUCCUGAGACCGGUGACUCUUCAUUUUGAACAGCUGCGACAGGUGGACUUCACGAGUUGCACCCUCCUUCGGGAUCAGGCCAUUGAGAGCUUGGUCAAUAAUGCCAGCAAGCUGAGAAGCAUCACUCUUGCCAAGUGUGUGAACCUAACAGAUGCUUCGGUCGACAGUAUUACUCGCCUAGGCAAGCAUCUACACUACCUGCACCUAGGCCACGUAUCUUUCAUCACAGAUGCGUCAGUUGUGAAGCUUGCCCACACCUGCACCAGACUUCGCUACAUCGAUCUUGCCAACUGCCACUUGUUGACAGAUCAGAGUGUUAUCGCGCUCGCCAAGCAGCUACCGAAGCUUCGCCGAAUCGGCCUUGUCAAAGUUGUGAACGUCACUGACGAGGGUAUCCAUGCCCUUUCUGAGCGCUACUCGACACUGGAGCGUGUCCACCUCUCCUUCUGCGAAAACGUGUCUGUCAGCGCGGUCACCUUUCUUCUCAAUCGGUUACUGCGCCUUACCCAUUUGAGCCUUACUGGCAUCUCGGUUUUCAAGACACAAGACCUGCAGCAAUUCUGCAGGCCUGCUCCCUCGAGCUUCAACCCUCAUCAGCAACGGGCUUUUUGUGUUUACUCCGGACCAGGAGUGACAUUGCUGAGGAACCAUCUCAACGCUCUGGCAGAGCUCCAAGCAUCCGAUUCCGAGGCGUCCUCAACUCGUCGGGGCUCAGAAUCCUCCACGUCAUCCGCUACCUUCCUUCAGGCCCAGCAGUCGUUUCAAGAGGAGACGUCUGGGCCUCAACAGCUGAUGGACGAACCCUCGGCACCAAGCUCCCCCUCAAUUGCACAAUCCGUGUCCCAGAGGAUUGCAGCCGGUAGACGUGACAUAGCCCGUCUGCUGAGCCCGCGAUCAUCCUCAUCUACACCAUCAACGCCCAACUCUGAAGUUGGUGUUCAAGCCGCAUCCAGGUCUGCCCUGCCCUCUGACGCACCCGUUACUCCACUUUCCACCGUCACAGGCGACCUUUCGCGAGUCAAUCUUUCCAGCCAGCGUCGCACUCACGGUGGCGCCAGCGGCUCGGUACCUCGCCGCGCACCUGGCGAUCGUUUUGGCUGAGCCCGCCCACCCCCGCAGCAUACAACCCCCCAUGACCUGUAGCCAGAUAGUCUGUCAGCAUUCCUGAGC